AUGGCUCAUAAACAUUCACUCCUUUCUAAGAAGAGAUUAAGGCUAUUAAUUUGGUUAGGGAUCCUUUGGAUCUUAUAUAUCCUUACUACUUCCUAUAGUAUUCCAUUAUUACAACCGGCACCAUUGAUUCCUUCAACCCAAUCCAUUUAUUUCACUCAUGAUGAGAAUUUCAUUAAAGCUCAGCAAGAUGAUGAAUUGACUCAAGAACAAAUUGACAAGAAGAAGCAUAAACAUUCAAAGACAGCAAAAUGCAAUUUCACUGAUGAUGCUACUUUUCUGAUGCUUAAAUCGACAUUUAUUAGUCGUGAUGAGAGAAAUAUUACUGAUCAGCAUUCGACCAUUUAUGAUGAGAUUUUUGAUAAUCAUAAAACUGAAGCUAUUUUCGGAUUGAGUUUUAAAGAAAGGUGUGAUUUAUAUUUCAAGAAUUUGUUUAUUAAAGAUCAUAAUUGGAAAUUUGAAGCCAAUAGAAAUUGGGAUAUUAAUUAUGAAACUGAAGAUUUUAAGAAUUUUAAAGAGACUAAACAUGCUAAAUUUAAGGAAGAAUUUGAUAGAAAAGAUGAAGAUCAUGAAGAUUAUAGUAAGGCUUUGGAAGAAUUUAUCAAAAAGAAAUACGAAUCCAUUGUUAAGAAACCUGUAAUUGAACAAGAGGUGAUUGAUUAUGUUUCAGCAAUCAGAAUCUUCAAUAAAUGUUAUAUUACCAAUGAGAACAAGACUCAAAUAAACCAAAUGUCUAAGUUCAUAUAUAAUCAACACCAAAUAGUUGAAUCGGUUCCCAAUGCUCAUCAAUACAGACCUACUAGACAUGAGGCUUUAAUUAAUGACCUUGACCAUUUUGAGCAUAGAUUAUAUCCUUGGUUAUCAUUUGAUUAUCCAAUAUAUGAGCAUUGGACAGGAAAAACUUUCCAUAGACCUCCAAAUUUAAAACGAUUAGCUCCGGCUCAACAGAAUAAUCAUAAAAGAACAACAGGUUCUUUCUUGAAACUGUUUGAAAAACUAAGUAAUGGGAAAGGGAUUGUUUUAUCAAUUCCAGAAGCUCACGUCGAUUCAACAAUGAGAUUAAUUCAUUUGCUUCGGGCUUUGAAUAAUCAACUUCCAAUUCAAAUUAUUUAUCAUGAUAAUUUAUCAAAUAAGGCAAAACAGAAAUUGGUAACUGCUGCAAGAGAAGAAUAUAUCGUAUUACCACAAUCUUUCAAGAGAGUUGCUAAAUAUUUCCCCAAGGAUUAUGAAACAAAUGGGUUACCAAAACAAGAUAUCUGGUUUGUUAAUGUUAAUAAUGCCAUUCAUGACCAUUAUAAAGAAAAAUUUCAAAGAUGGGCUAAUAAGUUACUUGCCGUUAUGUUUAAUUCAUUUGAAGAAUUCAUGCUAAUUGAUGAUGACACAGUAUUAUUACAACACCCAGAAAGAUACUUUUUCAAUCUUCCAGGAUAUAAAUCCAGUGGUGCAUAUUUCUAUAAAGAUAGAAAUGAUGUAACUAGAAGAUCGGAAGAUGAACUUAACUUCUUCAAAAGAUUAACUCCAAAUAUAGUAGACUCCCUUAUGUUCAACAUCCCAAUCAUCACCAACCAUUCACUUUCGUUGGAAGCAUUUAAAGGAUUAUACUACUUCCAAGAAGCAGGAGUAGUAAUGCUCAACCGGAAAGUUCAUUUCCACUCCAUUCUCAUGAUUCUCCAACUUAACUUCCUAGGGCCAAUUGCGGGCAAACUGUACGGAGAAAAAGAGCUAUUCUGGCUCGGUUUCACUAUCAACGGUGAUGAAUCAUUUGAAUUCAAUAAAAACUUCGUCGCUUCUGUCGGAGAACCCACUCCCCAACCCAACGAACGGGCCCGUCCGGAUGGUACACCCCACAAUUCCCAAGAAAUCUGUUCAGCCCACCCGGGCCAUAUAGCUAAUGACAACCAUACCCUCGUUUGGAUGAAUUCCGGCUUCCGAGUCUGUCACUAUGCCGAUGAGAUAGAUUUUGAAGAAGAAUUUAAAAAGAGACAUAAAUACAAAUCCAUCCCCAACCAAUCUGCAUUCCAGGCAUUCUACCAUUCCCCACUUCGGAUCUCCCAUGCAAUUAUCCCACCUUUGGACCCCGGCAUUAAAGACAGGUUAAAUAUUGAGGAUGAGCCUACUAGUGGAUGGAUGAUGGAUGAUCAUUGUAGGAAUUAUUUAUGGUGUGGAUAUUCUAGUAUUGGCGGGAAGGUGAGUGAUGAUAGUGACGAGGAUAAUACUUUGAAAGGUACCCUUAUUGAAUUCGAUCAAUGGGAGAGAGAUUUGUUUACUUAUUAUGGAGAUGUUUGGGUGGGUGAAGAGUAG